UGCACACGUGGGGAGGAACGUACUAUGUUGUGUCGUGUCUUGUCUUGUCACGAGGAGCCUCUACUGAUUUUAAUUUCGUCGUUGUGAAUUAACGAUUGUUCUCCCAAGUUCUGCUGGACUGCUAGAAUUGAGACUGUAUCGUAUAUUUGAACAAAGUGGCAACUGAUUUUGAAUCUACAGGUGCAGCAAGUUCCCAAACGUAGUGCCAGUGAAAUCUGCAAAGAAUCCCACAUAACGAACAUCAACUUGGAAAUAAUAAAGUCAGCAUAGACUAGAUGAUUGGUGAAAAGCUUGUUGCGACCAAAUGUCAAGGCGUCAACAAAAACGUGCGUGCCUUCUCUUGACUGACUCAAUACACAGCGACGAAAGAAGACAAAAGGUAAUUGGCCUAACAAAAGGCAAAAUUGGGGAUCCAAAAUCGCUCGCUGAUCUAAUAGAAAACAUUGGGCAAGGAACUCAGUGUCUAUCCGAUGGAAGUCAGAUCUUUGCUAAGAUGCAGGGGGAAAACCAAGAAGAUGGUUGUGGAGUAAAUCAACGCCAAGAGGGAAUUCUACAAGUAUGUGAUGGUAUAGAAGAGCAUCAAAUUGGCGAUAGGUGGGAUGUGCAAACAUGCAUUGGAGACCAGGAAAGGUCAUGCUAUGAAGGUAAUGUACAUAUAUACAGUUUUGGAGUGCAACAAAUAUCCAGUGUAGAGAAUGCGCUAAAAUGCAGUUCCAACCCAAUAUUAAGUACAGGAAAAGACAAACUCGAUUGUGAAUUAAGACUUCUCAGAGAUAAAGACACAGAUCAAGAAACCGAACACUCAAAUGAACUCCGUCAUUCAGAAAUUGGCUCUUUCAUCCACAACAUUGCUGAAAAGAAUUAUGCUGAAGGUAAAAGCAUUUCUUCCUACCACAGUACUGCACUGUUACCACUUAAGGAGCCAUGUGAAAAGAGUGAUACCAUCGAUAAAAAUGACUCUGUUCAUCAGAGUAACUCAACGUUGCCACUAUCAGACAUUUCCAACAAUGUUGAUGCACAGGAUAAUAGCGAAUUUUGUCAAUGCAGUAAUGGAAUACCACUUAAAGACUCUUUAGGAAAGAAUGAUCCUAAGGAUGGAAGUGAAUCUCAUCACACUAACUUAAAGUUGCCAGGUAAAGACUAUUCAUCUCCCAACACUUACGAUGAGAAUGAUAGUAAUAUUAAAAGUGAACAUUCCCGCGAAAUCCAAAAACAUUCACGUGCUGUUGAUUCCAAUGUUUCAAACAGUUCCGUUUCUCUCACAAAAUCUGUUGAUUCGAAGGAAAUGGACCUGGGGUUUGGAGAUUUUUCAGAUAAAAGCCAGAACUCCUGUCCUAAUGAUAAAAACGGUGGAUAUAGGGAAAAGUUAGGGCUGAACCAGUCUUCAACAGAAUUCUCACAAAAGACUAAGGCACAUUCAUUACACAAGUGUGUGGAGAAAACUACAUCAGUUUUAAACAAUAAGAUUAAGCCUUUCAAAAUCAAUAUAAAGGCUUUAACUAGACAAUUAAAAACAGCAACAGCUAGUGCACUGUCAACAAAAUCUAAAGAAUUAAGUAAUUCAAAGGUAAUAUCAAAAAACUCGAAAGAAAUUACCACUUCUUCAAAAGAAGUAAGCAGUCACAAGAAAGAUACUGAAAGUAACAAAUCACAUGUCAGCUUCAGCAUAAGAGAAAAUACUCUUCUAAAACCAGCGCCAUUGCUUAGUAGGGAGGAAGAGGAUGGUUUUCUGAACUCGUAUUUGUUGUACAGAAAAGCAAAUAAUUCUCAGUUACAUGAACUAAGAAAUGAAAUUGAAAAGGAGAAAGAACUUAAAGCCGAAAUCACAAAAGCUCACAAAGAAUUUUCUAAAAAACAUAUAUUUGGAAAAAAUAAGCAGUUUACCCUUGGAAAAAAGUAUAGGAGAAUGAGAAAAAUGUAUUUAGAAGAUGAAUCUCAGACAGAGAGCUGCAGGGGUGGCAUAAAAGACAGGGACAAUUCAGUGAAACAUGAUAAUGCCGUAACUGAUUCUGAAGAGAAAAAGAACAAAAGGAGGAAAGUAGACCAUAUAGACACAGAUUACUAUGAAAAAUGCUUAGAAUCGUGGGCAGAUGGUUUAGAUAAUCAGGCUAAUGACAGUGAGGAUACAGAGAGUCAGCAGCAGAAUAGCAGUUUCUCUCUUUUAGAUGAAAUUAAUGAUAGCAGAGAAAAUCAGAAUUAUGAAAUAAAUAGAGAUGGUCAUCAGGAAAGUACAUGUUCCACGGUGUUUGAGAGAAUUAAGGCAAAUGAAAAAGAUAACCAGUAUCAUGAAACUAAGUUUACAGACAGUCAUAAGCAAAGUAAAUGUUCCUCUUUGCUGGAAAGAAUUCAGGCUAAUGAUAAACUCAGGAAAGCAUAUGAAACAGCUCUAACAGAACAAGAGGGAGAAAAUCUAAUUGAACUACAUGAAAUCUCAUCAACUCAGCAACCCUCCACAUCAAAGAGCAACCCUAAAAUGUCAGAUACAACCAGGUACGAAUCAGAUAGUCAGCAUCCACAUAGAUUAGUAAUUUACAGUUCUAGCAGUGAGUCUGUAAACAAAGCCAAACAUAUAUAUGGCAAUAUCCUGAGCCAGGACAUAAUCCAGAAACGCCAGUCCAGGUCAAGAGUUCGAAAAAAGCAUAACCGAUCCAGGUCAAGACAUACAAGCAGUAGCAGUAGUUCUGGGUCAUGUGAUACAUACAGGAAUAGAUUCAAGUCAAGAAAAAGAAUCAGGAGUAGCCGAUUCAGGACAAGCGAUAGUAACAGCAGCCGAUCCACUUCAACAGAUACAAGCAGUGAGUCUCCUUCUAGGUCAAGGCAUGGGAACAGAAAGACUUGGUUAGGAACAAGAUAUAGAAGCAGAGGGACCCGGUCAAGUUUAAGACACACAAGCAGAGAGACUCAAUCCGAGUCAAGUCGAGAGACCCAAUCCAGGUCAAGACAGAGAAGUAGAGAGAUUCGAUCCAGGUCAAGACAGAGGAGAAGAGACACUCGAUCCAGGUCAAGACAGAGGAGCCGAGAAAUUCGAUCCAGGUCAAGACAGAGGAGCCGAGAGACUCGAUCCAAGUCAAGACAGAGGAGCAGAGAAACUCGAUCCAGGUCAAGACAGAGGAGUAGAGAAACUCAAUCCAGGUCAAGACAGAGGAACCGAGAAUCUCGAUCCAGGUCAAGACAGAGCAGUAGAGAGACUCGAUCCAGGUCAGGACAGAGGAACAGAGAAACUCGAUCCAGGUCAAGACAGAGCAGUAGAGAGACUCGAUCCAGGUCAAGACAGAGGAGCCGAGAAACUCAAUCCAGGUCAAGACAGAGGAGAAGAGAGACUCGAUCCAGGUCAAGACAGAGGAACAGAGAGACUCGAUCAAGAUCAAGCAGGGAGACUCGAUCCAGGUCGAGACAAAGAAGUAGAGAGACUCAGUCAAGACAGACAAGCCGAGAGACUCGUUCCAGGUCAAGACAGAGGAGCCGAGAAAUUCGAUCCAGGUCAAGACAGACGAGCCCGGAGACACGAUCCAGGUCAAGACAAAGGAGCCAGGAGAUUCGAUCCAGGUCAAGACAUAAAAGUAGAGGGACUCGGUCCAAGUCAAGACGUAAAUACCGAGAGACUCAUUCCAGGUCAAAAGAGAGAAGCACAGACAGCGAUUUCCGGUCUUGUUCAAGCUCAAGUGACAGAAUAUUGGACAAGUUAAAACCAGCUUUUAUGGACCUAGUUGAACCUGUCCAUAAGAGUAUCCAUAACAGGUUAGGAAGGAGAGAGAAAAGCAGUACUAGGUCAUACAGUAGAAGUUCACAGACGAGCCUUAAUGACCUUUCAUCACAACCUGAUGAAACUAUUCCGAGACAGGAAACAUACAAUCAGAUCUAUGACACAUAAAAAAGAUGAAAACUAUUCUUCAAAAGAAAUGUUCUUGAAUAAAGAAAACAACACAAAGGAAAAAGAUUACAAGAAAAGCGAAAUGAUUAUAAUUUCAAGUGACAGCAGCAGUCCACACGGAACUAUAGAACGAACAAAUAAACAAAGAAAACGAAAAAGAAGGAAAAUUGGAAAGUUAUCUGUAAAUGGGGAGACUUUGCAGAACACAUCUCUGAGCUCUCCUGAAGUAACAUUCAAAAGGAGAAAUGAAAUAAGCAUGACCAAUACAAUACAUCCAGUUACCAAUGUGCUUCCUGACCGCCAUGCCUCUGAAAAAGACAGUGAAACGAGUGAUAAAGUAAAGAAAAACACUAUUGAUAGUUAUAGCAAUCAACAUUCUCAUCCAAAAUAUAUGUCUGCUGGUUCACUUCAAAUGGAAAGUCUCUCGGAGUCGGAUGGGAUUACAAGACAUGAUUCAAGAGAGGGAGAUGUAUUAAAAAAUUUAGUUUUGGAAAGAAUUUACAGGAGAUACAUUACCGAAUCCUCAGCCAUGCCAAAGAAGGCAAGAAAAGAACCUGACAAAGAAUUAUGUUCAGUUUCUGAAAAGGAGUCAAAUGACCUGUCUGCAACCAAACAAACUGUCAGUGCGGGAUGUAACAACUGCAUCAGUGAGCAAAGCACCGGGGAUUGCAUUAUGCAUGAGGAAGACAGAACUGAUAGUGGACAGGAAGAUGAAGCUUUACGGUUUUAUGAAACUGGGAGUGGACUUGCAGAUUCUCGAAAGCCAUCAAACAGUGGCGAUAUCUCAGAUUCCGGAGUUACAAAUUUAGUAUACAUUUCAGAAAAGGAAUAUGAUCAUGGCCUUGUUCAAAGUUGCCGCAUUGACAGCUCAACUAAUGAAGUUGAAAAAUCUGACCCCAAAACAAGCAGCCUCAAAGGCGAUCCAAAGGACGAAGGAAAAGAGUCAGCAGAUUCUGUUGGUGGUCACUGCAUAGCUGAGCACAUAGAGGAGAGUAGUAAAAAGAUAACAGCAUUGCAAAAUUCAAACCAGCUGGCCGGUUCAGAAAGUGCAACGGUGACAUCAUCAGCUAAGUCACGUGAAGACAAUGAGAUUCUCGAAAAUGAUAUCAUCUGCUUAGAAAACCUAGACAGUGGUACUUCGUUUCCACAAGAAAGAAGUGAUUCUGAUUCAAUUAAGUCCUUCUUGCUGUUUGACGCAGACGAUGAACUAACUAACAAACAAGUCGUUCCUGAGUGCAAGAGAAGGACAAGUGUCCUUUUAGAUGCAAAGAAUAGUCAGGAAUUAGUAUCCAACAGUGAAAAUGAAAUGAAUGAAGAUGGUAAUGUCUGCCACGAGACAAUAGAAUCAUGCUACAGGCCAGAUGAAAUGGAGGAGACAGAAAAAAAUCAGUGUAAUCAUGUGGCGUCAGAAGAAAUAGGAUUUUUAGAGCACUCUCUACUUAACAACUCGUAUCAUAGACUUGAAUGGAUGUCAGAAUCCGUAAAACUUAGGGGACGUACCUCUACGUCUAGUGAUGCUACGGAAUUUCAACAGGCCAUUGCAAAACAGAAAGAGGCUUCCUCAAAGCCUUCCGAGUCCCAUACUUUCAUCCCUUCGUUAGAGGAAGAAACACCGGAUACUUCAUCACCUUUAACCAGACGAUCCCAGAAGCCAAAGGGCCCUAUGAAGUGUGUUGAAAAUAAAGUUAUUAAUUACCUGACCAACACGUGCCCAGAGUGUGAGUCUGUCCUAAUUCUAGAUGAGUUCACGUCGGUUAAUCUGAGGACGGGAGACAUUACGAUAAAGUGCCAGCAAUGCCUCAUGUACACAUUCAUGAAGGGUGCUCUUGCUUUGAGCGCGAGAAGUUUCAGUACAAAAUGCAGCGAGAAGAAUUCGGACCAUAUUGUGGAAUUAUCGGCUGACAAAAAGCAAGGCGGAAAAGACAAAGAAAACAUAUCAAGUACUAAGGGUCAAGGUACAAAGCCUAAUGGCAAAAGCAAAAAACCCCGAAAGGUCACUUUAGAGGAAAAACUAAAAGCCCUAAACAACAGAGAAAGAAGAGGCCGCAAAACGAAAGGUAAAUACCCCAUUUUGAGACCAACUAAAGCGAAAAAGACAGCAGCGGAAGGUUUAUAAGCCCAAAAAUCUCACCCUUUUGAAAGUAAGCAAGAGGUGGGUACAGUUAAGAGAAGAGCGGGUAGCAAGGAAGGAAAUAAAGACAAAAGGCCUAAGACACAGAUCAACGAAGGCGAAUAAAAACCAAGGAAGUGUCGUAAGGUGAACAGACGAACAAGGACUUCUCGAAGAAACAAGGUCAAAAGGAAAAAAAGCUGGAAUGAAGAGACAGCGGCACGAAAUGAUGGGUCUAACGAGGAAGGACACCUCAUGAGUGGAAAAAGGACACAGAAGACAAGGAAAAACGAACCGAAAUUGAAUGAAAACACUUCUGCUGAGUAUAUAUAUAUUUUUUAAGGGAUGUGGUUUUGUUUUGAACAUACAUAUGAUUUUUGUACACAUAUUCAGCAAACAAGUAAAAAAAAAAAAGAUAUUUUUCUACGGCAAUAUCUUUAUAGGAGAAUGUAGGCAGACUUGUUAAUUUAUGCACACGUAUAUAGGGGAA